AUGUCAGACAUUACAUCAGCUCCUGUUCCCGAAGACACUGCAAAUGAUAGUGCUACACGGUUUAAAACCCUCUUGGACGCUAUUGUGGUGUGUUUCCUACCUAACGACGAUAAGUUUCCUGAAGUUCUUGAGGAUCUGUAUGAGUUGUGUAUGAUAGGAUCCAAACAACCUUACAUUCCAGAACUUCCUGAUGAUCUCACUGCCAACUUUCCCCAAGCCAAAUCUAUAGCUCGACUGAUUGAGGCGAAUAUGGAAGAACCAACUAUCAUUUGUUCCACUUAUAACUUCAACAGCAUCUCUGAAGAAGAUCCACCCGAUUCCCAUGUGAUCUCUCAGGAAAACGACUCUACUGUCACUGGCUCUAUGCUGUCAGAGGAGGAAUUGAGACAUGAGGUGAAUCAAGGAGAAUUGAUCUUGGUUGUGGAAGAGAAUGAGAAGGAUAAGUUUUGCAGUAUGUUUGAAAAUGACUCUGGAACCUUACUUCAGGGUAUUCAAGUAGGACCUCUGGACCCAAUAGCAGUCAUCAACAUAAAAGAGGCCGCUGCAGACUUGUUUACAGUCACAAACUCUUCUCGGAAUCAACAGUCACUUCCUGAGGAGGUUGAAUCUCAACAAGAUACAUACCAGUCUUCAGAUGGUAUUAUAUUUCCUUCUGGACAGAAACCACGCAGUUUUAAACAUGAUCCAAGUAAAGGAUGGACAUUGAUUUGGACAAAAGAUUCUCCCUUUUGUAUCUUUACGAUGGAAGGGAAUGAGAAGGAAAUGAGAUCCGUAACACUUUUCAUGACCACGACUUGGACAUCUCAGUUUCAUUGUCGGCAUGAUCCCAAGAAACGAGCAUUCUACAUUGGGCGAAGAGAUACAAAUUGGACUUAUGUUCAAUUUGACCAUGAUGCAGAAGGAGAUUCUGUGCACAUCCGGAGUGGAUCAGAUCUCGAAGAGGUGGAUCUGGAGGAUGUGAAAGAGAUGAAAGAGAUACCUGAUUCUUGGAUUCGUUCGAGGUUUCCUCUACCUGCUGAUAUCCGACGUUUACCCGACAAGGGUACAGGAGACAGCCAAUCUAACACUGAAGGGUCUGAAGAUUCAGAGUUUGAAUCGGAUUCAUCGGAUGCUACCGUCGUUCCGAGAUCAGGACGGGAUAAUUAA